GUCAGAUAUUUACGUUUGUGUAUUUGUUUGGUUUUUUAUUUAUUCGAGCAUUUUAGAAAAGAAAGGGGAAAAAUAUCACCGGGAAGCUUUUCCGCGAGGCCUGAAAUACAUUGCGAAGUUAAAUUUAGUUAUUAUCUAUUAACUUUGUUUGAUAACAAAAACCCUUUGUGAUAAAAGUAGAAAUACUGUAUUGACUAGCAGAUUCUCCUCCAGUUUUCUGUAUGUUUUGUUUUGGAAAACAAGUGACGUGGUAAAAGUUCGAAUUUCCGAUUUUCAUUAUUUAAAAAGAUCUCAUGAAAUUAUAAUGUUUUCCAAAAGAAUAAACCUUCUGUUUGUUUUUUUUGUUCAAACAUUAAACUAUUCUAGAGCACUGGUUGAAGAUAAUCAGUGUUAUUCCUUUGGAGGUUCAGGGAAAGAUGUGUUUCCUCAUGGAGAUCCAAAAGGCGAACAUAAUUUACAAUAUACUAAAGCUGUGAUUUCACGUCCUGCCCCUUAUUUUGAAGGAACUGCUGUAAUCAAUGGUGAAUUUAAACAUAUUUCCCUUUCGGACUAUAAAGGAAAAUAUGUUGUAUUUUUCUUCUAUCCUCUAGAUUUCACUUUCGUUUGUCCAACAGAGAUUUUAGCCUUUUCAGAGAGAAUUUUGGAUUUCAAAGAUAUAAAUACAGAAGUGAUUGCGUGUAGUGUUGAUUCUCAUUUUACACAUUUGGCUUGGAUUAAUACUCCACGAAAAGAGGGAGGGUUAGGAAAAAUAAAAAUCCCAUUGUUAAGUGAUUUAAAUCAUAAAAUUUCCAAGGACUAUGGCGUUUAUCUUGAUGAUUUGGGUCAUACUCUCCGGGGUUUAUUUAUAAUUGAUCAGAAAGGAAUUUUAAGGCAAAUAACAAUGAAUGAUUUGCCUGUUGGACGAUCUGUUGAUGAAACUAUACGUCUAGUUCAAGCUUUUCAGUUUACAGAUACACAUGGCGAAGUAUGUCCUGCUGGAUGGAAGCCAGGAAGCGAUACUAUCAUUCCAAAUCCAGAAGAAAAGAAAAAGUAUUUUCAAAAAAACAACUAAGUUAUCAAGUACAAUUUGAAAUUAAGUCUUAUUUUUAGGGUUUCAUUAAGUUUCUUUUUACCUCUCUUGUUUUUUUGAAAUAAAACUAAUUUUGUAACUAUUACCAAAAAAAAAUAUUACUUCCCUGUUUUAUUGGUAAAACC